UGAGUUAGAUUGUGUUGUUUUUUGUUAUAGUUGUUAAAACCUUGAAAAUAUAUACCUACAUGUGUUCCUUAUUUUGGCAUCAUUUGUUAGAAGUGAAGAUUUGUAAAAAUUGCUGUUCCACCCAUAUUUCAUGAGAAAAUAGCAGUAAACCGUCAGCAGAGCGUAAAAUUUUUAAAUUUCUAAUUAAGUGCAUUGAACUAAAAACGAGCAAAAGAAGAAACGUUAUUAUUCAAUGUUUUAUGAAUGAAUUUGUUAUCUUGAAUAAAAUUUUAACGACUUUUGAAAACUAUUCCAUUAAAAAGCAAAAGCGUCAUCGGUGACUACAUGAAAAGUAAUUACAUAAUUCUGGAGAACGGAAUCACCCCUUCAAAUACAUAAAAAAAACAAUAACAAAACUUAUAUUUAUAUAUGUGGAAUCAUCGCUUGUGGAGUAAAACAUAAAUUGGCCGGUGUUUAGUGUCCAAUUUUAAAAAAGCAGAAGCUUAUAUUUUUAUUAUUAAACUUGUCAUAAUUUUAUUGCUGCCAUAACCUAUCAUAAUGGCUCGCCCAUCAUAUGAGAAUCAUAUUGUUCCUAUUGCUGUAAGUAUUAUCGCUGUGGUGGUUGGUGCAGCUAUAAUCCACUAUCUGAUCAACAAGAAGUCGACAAAGAAAGCCCGUCCAGAACCUAAUCGAACCGUACGUUUACGUACUUUAGUCGACGCUAAUGAUAAAUAUCAAUUGCCUUUGAUUGAAAAAGAGAUCAUCAGCCACGAUACCCGCCGUUUCCGUUUUGGGUUGCCUUCACAUCAGCACAUACUAGGUCUGCCAGUUGGUCAGCAUAUUCAUCUCAUAGCUACUAUCGACAAUGAACUUGUGAUACGUCCGUACACUCCAAUCUCAUCAGAUGACGAUGUCGGCUAUGUGGAUCUUGUAAUAAAAGUUUACUUUAAAGAUACGCAUCCUAAAUUUCCGGCUGGCGGAAAAAUGUCGCAAUAUUUAGAACAAAUGAAAAUCGGGGAUAAAAUUUCAUUCCGUGGGCCCUCGGGACGUCUGCAAUAUAUGGGCAAUGGUAAUUUCUCGAUUAAGAAGCUACGUAAAGAUCCACCCAAGACAGUAACAGCUAAACGAGUGAAUAUGAUUGCUGGCGGUACAGGUAUCACUCCCAUGCUGCAAUUGAUCCGUGAUAUAUUGAAGCGAGGCGAAAAGGAUGGUACUGAAUUGGCCUUACUAUUCGCCAAUCAGAGUGAAAAAGAUAUCCUCUUGCGUAAUGAAUUGGAUGAUUUGGCACAGAGACACUCAAAGCAGUUUAAAGUCUGGUAUACUGUCGAUAAAGCCGCUGAAGGCUGGUCCUACGAUGUUGGCUUUAUCGAUGAGAAAAUGAUUAAAACGCAUCUGUUCUCGGCCAGUGAAUCUACCGUCGUGUUGAUGUGUGGCCCACCGCCAAUGAUUAACUUUGCUUGCAAUCCUGCUCUAGAUACACUAGGUUAUCAUCCUGAUACAAGAUUUGCUUAUUAGACAAGCCCAUGCCCAUGCCAUGCAAUCAGAUCGCGCGUUGAAGAUAAGUUACACGUCCCUUGUGAAUAUAUCACAGUUUUUUUUUUUUUUUUUCUAUUUUAUUUAUUAUUUUUAUAUAUGGGUUUUUUACAUUUUUUUCUGUAAAUUUUAAAAACUUAUUUAUAAUGUGAAAAAUGAUUGUUAGGAAAGAGCGCAUGUGUCGUUUUUUUUUUUUUUUUUUAUUAUAUCUUUUAUAUUUUGAUAAUUUUUAGAGAUUGAAAAAUAAAAAAAUUAUUUUGAAACUUGUUUGAAAAAACUUGACAUAAUUAUAACUGCGUUAACACAAAUUGGAAUCCAUUGUACACAAUAUAAAUGCGUUAAUAAAAUCAUUACAACAGUG